UUCUGAGUGUUUUCGGAAAUGUCAAGUACGUGAACUUUCUAUGUUAAAAUGUAAAAACUAAAAAUGGUGAGACGGCGAAGCAUAAUCAUCUGAUGCAUAAAGAAAUGAAAACUACAAGAUGAGGAAGUGCUAUGCUGUGCUGUGGUUGGUGCGAGUGGUGUUGGUGCUACUGCCACAGACUGCCUACAUCCAUCCUGAUGAAUUCUUCCAGACAGUAGAGGUUGUGGCAGGCGAUAUCCUGGGCUUGGAUACCUACACACCAUGGGAGUUCAACACCACAUCUCCGAUUCGUAGCGUAACUCUGCCGUUCAUGAUUCUGGGACCACCACUACUCCUCUUUAAUUUCUUGACAAUUCAUUUCCCCAGACUCGAGACAUCUUACUUCAUUCUCGUACUUCCACGCUUAGUCAUGGUCAUUCUAACUCUGGUUUUGGACCUUUCUGUGUAUUACAUGUGCCGAUGUCUAAAUUUGAAUGAGUGGAUGGGUCUAAUUUUAGUGUCAUCCAGUUAUGUAACGUUAACUUACCUGACCAGGACAUUUACAAACAGUUUUGAGACCAUGUUUUUUGCGCUGCUGCUUGCAGUGUUGAUAAGAGAAUGGAAAUCAACCAGAAGUUCAACAAUUCUGAACUUCAAAGUGCUGAGUACAGAUGUCAAAGAAAGAAAAUCAAAGAAGAAAUUCAAACCGAAAAAGAAAAUCAAAAGUACCUUUAUAGCUGAAAUUCCUAGGUACAGAUCAUAUGAAUGUAUUACUAGUAAUUUUCUCCCUUUGUCAGCUUUUCUUGUUGGGAUGAUAGUUGUUGCAGGUAUGUUUAACCGCCCGACUUUUCUAAUAUUUUCUAGCAUGCCAAUCUUUUUCUGGAUUUUAUCUUAUUAUACCAAGACAAACAAAUUCAAUUCCAUCAUGACAAUUGUGAUAUUUUCUGGUCUUGGUUUCUUGUUAUCGUUUGUAAUUUUUGUGUUUGUAGAUUCUGUGUACUUUAAUCCUGAAAUAUUAUCAACUGUUAAAAGUGAUUUUGAAAAAUGUCAGUCAUCCCAGAGAGAUUAUAUCAUGUGUUUGAAAGACACGAUAACAAAAUAUGUCGUUGUUACCCCAUGGAACUUUAUUUCUUACAACUCAAAGCGUGAUAACUUGGCUCAACAUGGCAUACAUCCGUGGUAUGUUCAUUUGCUUGUCAAUCUACCAUUACUGUUUGGACCAAUGUGCAUUGUGAUGUAUUAUUAUAUUGUUAAGUUUUUAUCUGACAUCUACAAAAGGACGUGGAAGAGCCACAACCUUGCUUUAAUAUUCAGUAACUGUGUACCGUUGAUUCUUCUGUCGUACUUCCCUCAUCAGGAGCCACGGUUUCUUAUUCCAUUGUUACCAAUCAUGACAUUGGUCACAGUGAAAAUUGUUAAUUCUGUGAACCACAAAUCAUUUCUUUGUUCUUGGUUUGUGUUUAAUUUGUUGUUGACGUUAUUGUUUGGAUUUUUACAUCAGGGACGUUUGACUUCAUGUAUUCAAUAUUUUCAACAUAAUCUUCAUUCCAAAUGCAGAACCAAAGAAUCCUCUACUCAAUGUUUUACUCAUAAAGAUAAGUUUGUUUUUUACCAUACAUAUAUGCCUCCAAGAUAUUUAUUUUUGGAUAAAAAUGUGAACAAUCAAAUAGUUGAUUUACAGGGUCAGGACUGGUCAAGUCUAAACAGUUACAAACCCAAAACAGUGAAACACCAUAUGUAUGUGAUAUUACCUGGAUCUCUCAUUCAAGAGGCAAAGCAUCAUUUGGAGUUUGACAUUGUUACCAGUUUUCCAUUACAUUUAACAAUGGAGGACCCACCGGAUGUGUCGCUAUUGUUUACUUUAUAUGACGACUUUACUAGUCAAAAUAUUUACAAAGUAUGGACAGAACUAUCAUCACAGUUGUCGUUAUUUAUAAUUAAAAUAAAAAGGUUUUACAUCCGCAUCACUACCGGGUAG